AUGUGUCGUGAAGAGACUGUGCAGUGUCAGAACGGAGACACUUUUUGGGGCAUCCAAGCAGAGGAAAGCAGGCAACAUGCUGCAAAUUUUGCAAUGGCUCAAGAGGACGCAGCUAGUCGCCGAUUUGCAGAGAAUGUGCUCGAACAAGCACUUAGUGCGACGUGGGAGGCAGAAGUACAACACAAUGCAACACAUGAAUUAGCAACACGUGGCGGACACGAGCAGCGCAUGCAAACGAGAUAUCUGCGUUGGUUCUACCAGCAGUGUGUAUCCGUUGACGAAUUGUUGGACUAUCGGUGGCCAACCAAGAAGCAACAAGACUGCUUGCCGUCGCCAGUCAAACGGCGACAUCACCCAGUUGUGCGUCCAGAACUCGAGUCCGUAGCAUCGGCAACACCUUAUCCUCUAGAUGACUUGGUAUUUCGCGAUCGUUUGGAACAUGGGGAUCUACGUUACGGUCUUCGAUCAGUCCUAACAGUUCACUACCAGGGCGCCCGUGGCACAAACAGCACUCUCUUCGAGGUCACAAAAGCACCCCCAGAAUGUGCAUUCAUUGAAGCCACAGCAGCAGCACUUUUGAAAUGCCAAGCGCUGAAAUUCUCGUCCAGCACUGACUCGCUAAAUGGUUUUGAGCGCCAGGACGAUCAUAUCGGAGAUAGUUACCACAAAGGAGACACGGUCCCAGAAUCUUCGGUCAAGUAUCGCCGUUCUCGGGUAAGUGCUUUCUACCCACAUAUCCCUGCACGAUUCAACGGAGUUCCUUAUAAGCCUAAUCAGAUGAGCCCUACUCGAGACAUUUUGAGCGGAGAUCAUCGCAAGCUAAACCAACUUCCAUCUCUUGCCCAGCACAAGCCAACAGAAUCACCAAAACUCCGUCAACUACAGAAAGCAAAGGCCAAAGCACGAACUUAUCCGAAAGUAUCGAGUCCAGUUGACCAGCAAUCGCCAAACAAAAAUGGUGGCGCUGAUUCAGCUCGUGAACGCGAAGUUGAGCAGUCAGAGGACGACGGGCCCCAAGCCCAGUUCAAGCGACAAGAGCACGACGUAUUAUCAAAGCUCUUUUCACUUAUGGACUUGGAUGGAAGUGGCACGGUGAACCAGGACGAGAUGAGAUGGGCGCUUCAGCGAGACGCAGAGAUACACGCACUCGCCACGACUUCGCCACUGCUUCGUAUCCUCCUCAAACAGCGUACUCAUCCGGAAGCGCUAUUCUCCAAUCGAAGAACGAGUCCGCAUUUGGACGAGGCCGAUAGCAGUAGCAGUGAAUUGUCGUGGGAUGAAUUUGUGGCGAGAUGUGAGUCCUCGUAUCUCCGUCUGAUGUCAGAAGAAACCGAAGCUCGAACCAUCAGACGCGUCUUCGCAUUGCUGGACAGUGACGCUAAUGGAGUGGUAGAUGUCGCCGAGGUUCAGCGGACCCUGUACAACUCGACUGCCACCACGCACCAAGGUCCUCCUGGGUCCGGAUCAGUUUAUAGUGAGCUACGAACACUGGUGGAAAGCUCGAGAGCACUCCAGCCGAUGCUGCACCAGGAGCUCUUCAUGACAGCAUUCACAGAAUUCGAGCCAUUGGACCCACGCGGUAUCAGCGAGAACGAGUUUGUAGCCUUCUGUCUCGAGAUCGCUCAGGUUGCUGCUGCUAACAACAUGGUGGCAACUGUGGGGUAG